AUGUCGCACCACUGGAUUAACUCCGUCAAGGCCAACAUUGAAAGUUCUUCUCCUUACAGAUACGGGCGCGAAAAUUUCGGAGCAAUCAUCUUCCUGGCCAUCUUCGUAUGGCUCUCGGCAAAGGCUGUCUACAAUAUUUACAUACAUCCCCUUUCUGGCGUUCCUGGACCAUGGGUAGCAAAAGUCCUAGAGUCCUACCUUGUUCCUGCCAUCGCAACCUUUAAAAGGAGUCAUAAAUUGCUCGAUCUCCAUCGGCAGUACGGGGGAGUGGUACGAGUAGGCGUGAAUCAAGUGUCGAUCUCCGACUGGACGGCCUUGAAAACCAUCUACACGAAUAAGACAUCGACCAAAUCAGAGCUGCUAUACAGCACAGCCACGUUCACAGGUUUCCAUGAGAAUAUUUUCUCCAUGCGAAAUAAAGAAGCUCAUCAUGCCCGACGAAAAUUGCAAAACCAAUCCUAUUCUCAGCAAGUCGUGCUACGAAAUGAAGAACUGCUCAGCGAAAAGGCAAAUAUCCUCGUACAACGAAUGAUCCAAGGUUCCAGAGACUCGGGAUCUGGCUAUACUGUGGAGGUGUUUAGACUCAAUGCCUUGUUUAGCUUGGAAGUCUUGAUGAAAUGUGCCUUCAACCGCGACUAUAGUGAGGCACCUGACAAAGAGUCCCUGGAGUUGUUGACCUCGUUGGAGGAAAGCGGCAUUGCGUUGGCGACGAGAAGCGCCCUUCCGUUCCUUGAUCGCCACUACGCCCACCUCAUUCCAGGACCGGUGGGCCAGUCUUUCAAACAGCUUAACCGAUUCAUAACGAGGGUACUGGAGCUGCAGGACAAAUUCAUCCGACAUGAGUUGGAAAGCGAUGCCGCCUCGGCGAGAUUCCUUUUGACUCCGCUACUCAGUCAUUCCGACUUUCAUCUAGGGCGCAAGCUCAACCACGAUGAGGUCCUUGAAGAAGCUGUUGCUCUAGUGUUCGCGGGAUCUGGAACAACCUCGACUCUUCUGAGCUACCUGCUUUGGUGCCUGGCAAAGCACGAGGACGUUCAGGAUCGCCUUCGCGCAGAGCUCCAGGGUGCCGGCUCCUCGCUCAGUGAAAUUCAGCAACUUCCCGUGUUGAACGCCGCCAUCAAAGAAACACAUCGGCUUUACCCCAGCUUCAUGGGGAUGGUCCCACGUACACUGGAUUGCCCGAUCGUUGUGGGGAAGCACGUUCUUCCCAAAGGGACUCUUGUGGUAAUGCAGAACUUUGUGCAUCAGAGAGAUCCUUUCCUAUUCCCUGAUCCAGAUUCCUGGUUGCCCGACCGCUGGCUCCACGAAACCAAGGACAUGUCCUCGGCUCUGACCCCCUUCUCGCUAGGACCCGGAAACUGCAUUGGGCAGAACUUGGCCAAGGCAGAACUCUACCUGGCGACAAGCAAGAUCAUUCGAACAGUAAAGAUACGACUUAGUUCGGAAAUGGUUGAGUCGGACAUGCACAUGGAGGAUCGUGGGUUCACUCAACCAAGGAAGAAGAGAUUGUUAUUGGAUUUGGACGUGUUGAACUGA